AUGGAGGAACUCACCUCCGGCGACGCCGCCGCGGCGUCGCUGGCGCAGGAGCCGCGCGGACAGGCGGACGGGGAGGGGAGGUCACCGCGAGAGGCGGAGGCGUUCGAGGACGCUGUGGAAGAGGCGUCCACCGCCUCCGCGUCGCCGGUGGCGUGCUGCGGUGGCGAGGCCGCCGCGGAGGCUUCGUCACCGUCAGCGUGGAGAUCGCAGGGCGACGGGCCGUCGGCCGCGGAUGAAGCGGAAACGUACGAGUCGCCGUCGUCUUCGUCGUCGGGGUGUGCGGCGAUGGAGGGGGAGGAGUCCCCGUCGGUUUCUGAAUUGCGGGAGGAGCCGGGGAGGGUGGAUACUGGAAUCGCCGCGUCGCCGUCGGGGCAGCGCGCGGGAGGCGCGGAGGAGGACGAGAAUUCGAUGGACACGCCGGGGGCAGGAUCGCCGUCCAUGGAGGAGACGGAGUCGUGUAUGCACUCGGCGCCAUCGUCCCCGUCGCGCUCAGCCUCGUCGACGUCGUCUCCGCAGCUGCCGCAGAUCAAGCAGCAGUCGCGGCAUGUGCGAACCGGCAGCUUCCAGCGGUUCCGUGAGCAGAUGCAGCGCGCUUGGAAGUGGGGGCCAAUUGGAGGCGGAGGAGGUGGCGAGAGGAGCCCCAGGGAGCUGUUGCUACGGACGACUGUGAACAUUGAGGCUAUGGCGAAUCAGAAGCGGCAGUGGUAUCAAGCCCGCUCCAAGUCGCAGGAUAAUUUGCAAUAUAGGGAACCAACAUCGCUCUUUGAACAUUUUUUCGUGGUUGGUCUCCACUCUUAUGCAAAUGUCGGAGUAAUUGAGGAUGCUUUUGCAAAAAAGAAAGCUUGGGAAUCUAAUGUAGCACGAUCAGAGAUAGUAGAUCUUAGAAAAAUCCACUAUCAUGGACCUAUACCAUCUAUGGAACCCCAGAUUCUUUUCAAGUAUCCACCUGGAAAGAGAGCAGAAGUUAGGGAGGCUGAUUUACCCUCAUUCUGUUUUCCUGAAGGUGUAAAGGCUCGCCUAAUAGAGAGGACUCCAUCCAUGAGUGACCUGAAUGAAGUGAUAUUUGGGCAGGAACAUCUGUCUCGAGAUGAUUUGUCUUUUAUCUUCUCCCUCAAGGUAUCAGACAAUGCGCCACUAUAUGGUGUUUGUUUGCAUGUUCAGGAAAUAGUUCAAAAGGCACCUGGUAUACUAGGUGCAGUUUCACCCUUAAACCCUAAUUCCUAUAAGCCAAGUCGUUUCUUGGUUUCUGCACCACGUUGUUACUGUCUACUUACAAAGGUACCUUUUUUUGAGCUACACUAUGAGAUGCUAAACAGCAUUAUUGCACAGGAGAGGCUUGACAGGAUAACGCAGUUUGCUAGUGAAAUUGCUCUGGCUGAGCCAGUUCCUCGUCCUGUGAAAGAACAAGAUGGAGUAGACGGUGAUUUUGAUUCCUCAAAUGGGAUUCCAUACAUUGACUGGACAGAAUAUGCUGUACCUGUCAACAGUAUAUCAGGUCUCAUUUCUUCAUCAAGUGUUCCGUCAGAAAGGGACAUGUCUUCAUUUCUGUUCAGGAGCUGGGAGCCUAAUUCUUCCCAGAGUAUAUCUGCUAGUGAGAUUUCAGAUUCUAGUUAUGUAAGAGAAGUUGAGAAGGAGGCAAGGCAUAGUUUCCAGCAUUAUGAAGACUGUAUAUCAGGGAACUUGGAACCACGUUGUGAUAGCUUUGGGAGAGCAAGUUACAUAUAUGACAAUGGGAAUACUUCCCCAGAUCUUCUGUCCAUGCAUUCUCCUGCCUCUAGAAGAUUAAAGCGCGCACAAAGCGUGGAGUCUUUAUCUUUAGAAAGUUCAGUCAAAGGUGCCGCAUCAGAUGAAGAAUAUGAAGUAAAUGUGAAGCAUGAAGUGAUUGUUGAUGAUGAAAAAGUUAUAGGAUGGGCUAAGGCACACAAUAAUGAACCUCUACAGAUUGUUUGUGGUUACCAUGCUCUUCCUCUGCCACCUCGUGGUGGUGAACUUGUAUUCCGCCCCCUUGAACAUCUCCAACCUGUGAAAUACUCCCGGCCUGGAUUAUCCUUGUUGGGUUUUGGAGAGGCGAUUUUGAACAAUGCUUUGAUUAAGGCAGAAACAAAUAAGCUCAAUUCACAUUUGGCGGCUGCAGAAGAAGCUCUUGCAUUGUCGAUAUGGACUAUGGCUACAGUUUGUCGUUCUCUCUCUCUGGAAAGUGUGCUAGGAUUAUUUGCUGGAGUUCUGCUGGAGAAACAAAUUGUGGUAAUAUGCCCAAAUCUGGGUGUCCUGUCAGCAAUUGUUUUGUCAGUUAUACCGAUGAUAAGGCCGUUCCAGUGGCAAAGUCUGUUGCUUCCGGUUCUUCCGAUGAAAUUGAUUGAUUUUCUUGAUGCCCCUGUACCUUUCAUUGCUGGUGUACAACAUAAACCCCCUGAUAUCAAGAUGAAAGGAUCUAGUCUUGUCAGGGUCAAUGUCCAGAAAGAUCAGGUCAAGGCAUGUUCAUUGCCUCAACUUCCACGUUACAAGGAGCUCGUUUCUAAUCUCAGUCCACUUCAUGCCAGACUAUCUUGUGAGAAUUCUUUGGCUAAGAGACAUCCCAUCUAUAAAUGCAAUGAAGUUCAGGCUGACGUAGCUUGGAAGUUCUUAAAUGUAAUGAGAACCUACUUGGAAUCACUUUGCUCUGACUUGCGCUUUCAUACCAUUACAAAUGUACAGUCAAACAAUGACAGGGUUUCUUUGCUUCUGAAAGACAGUUUCAUUGAUUCGUUCCCCUCAAAUGAUCGACCAUUUAUAAAGCUCUUUGUGGAGACGCAGAUGUUCUCCGUUCUAUCAGAUUCUCGACUGUACAGUUUCGAAAAUGAACGGACAUAA